UUCCUCUGGCAACACUGGUGCCUGCUAGUUUGGUUUUUGAAACUCCUGAGCAAAAUUUCAUAAAUUUAGACUGAAUUAUCAAUUUUCAAUACGUUGUGUAUAGUCUAAAACAUAAAAGUGAACAUCUUUCUUAUAAUUAAAUAGUCCAGCACUCCAAGUGACUUCAAAAAUUUUGGUUUUGCAUUCUAAACAAAUUUGGUGCGCGUGGGCUGUCGGCCAUCAUUACCUUUUUACCAAAACAAAAUGAUUUGCCCGGCAUGCGAAAAACCAAUAGGUGACCGUGAGUUAUUACGAUGCACCGCGUGUAAUAAGUGCUACAACUUCCAAUGCGUGAAUAUUUCGGUCUCCUACUAUCAGGCUAACCUACAAAAUCUGCGUCGUCUAUGGCAAUGUCCUGAAUGUAACGGCAAGAUAAAUACUAGACGGCGAGGCGACAGCACUCCGAUCCGCCGCCUACCUGAUGCAGCCAGUGCAGGUGCGCCCGAUAUGGAUAUGUCAUGUGAGGAAAUAGAGCCAGCUACUGAAAAUGCUGCAACUCAUCGCACAGGCUCUGGAGAUUCCGACAGUAUCACGUACGAUAAGUUUGCUGAACUGAUGGACAAGAAGCUGGAAUACAAACUUGGCACCAAAAUAGAUAGUCUGAAGUGCAUUCUGGAAGGCAAACUUGAGGCCAUGAUAACCAAUGCAAACCACAAUGCUGCUGCUGGGCCUGGCUCGGAACAAGAUGGAACGAUUGCACAGCUGCAGGAAUCUAUUGCAGAACUUCGCUCGGACCUCAAUGAGCGGGAACAAUCAGCUCUGCUUACAGAUAUUGAGAUCUCUGGGAUCCCGGAGCUUGAUGGUGAGUCCCCACUUCAUAUAGUGAUGGCUGUUGCGAAAAAGCUGGGAACUAUUCUUGAGGAAAGGGACAUUGUGUCUGCCAUGCGCAUGGGACCAAGGCGCAUUGUCAGCAUAAGCAGCAGUGGACCCACAUCGCGGUCCCGCCCCCUGGUAAUCCGUUUGGCUCGGCGUGCUACCCGUGAUGAGCUGAUCAAGUGUGCUAGGGUGCGGCGAGGGGCAACCACAACAGACCUUGGCUUGGCAGCUCAUGACCCCAAGCCAUUUUACCUGAACGAGCGUCUCACAAAAUUCAACAGAAUUCUAUUUGGAAAGGUCAGAGUGAGUCGACAGCAAAAAAAUUGGAAGCAUGCUUGGACGAGGGAUGGCAGAAUAUAUGCAAGGCAAACUGAUGUCUCCCCAGCCUUCCUGAUCCGUUCUGAAGCUGAUCUAGAGCAUAUUUUUGGUGUUAAUUUGCCUAAAUCUUCUACCUGAGCUAUUUAAUAUAUUUGUUUUUAUUCAAUGUGUCAUUUACCUACUUAGUGUCCAUUCUGCAUUGGAAUUUGUGUGUUCAUACUUGAUCAUAGGCUCUGUUAUUUUAUAUCAAGCUGAUUUUGAAUUGAAUAACAUACCGACACUGCUUUCAAACUGCAGUUUUGUCCUUUCUGACCUGUGCAUUCUACAUAGUUUAGUGGCAUUCCAGUUUUUACAUGUAGAAUCCUAUCAUUAUAAUGUUCCUUUUAACUUUUGGUUGUACCUUAUGUUAAUAUCAAAACACUUUAAAAUGUUAUCUAACUGUUAUUAUUGUUAUGUAACUAGUCUGAUGUUUGAAAAUAGUCUAGCCUUCCUGAUCUGUUCUGAAGCUGAUCUAGAGCGUGUUUUUGGUGUCAAUUUGCCUAAAUCUUCUACCUGAGCUAUCUAAUAUAUUUGUUUUUUCUUCAAUGUGUCAUUUACCUACUUAGUGUCCAUUCUGCAUUGGAAUUUGUGUGUUCAUACUUGAUCAUAGGCGCUGUUAUUUUAUAUCAAGCUGAUUUUGAAUUGAAUAACAUACCGACACUGCUUUCAAACUGCAGUUUUGACCUUUCUAACCUGUGCAUUCUACAUAUUUUAGUGGCAUUCCAGUUUUUACAUGUAGAAUCCUAUCAUUAUAAUGUUCCUAACUUUUGGUUGUACCUCAUGUUAAUAUCAAAACACUUUAAACUGUUAUCUAACUGGUAUUAUUGUUAUGUAACUAGUCUGAUGUUUGAAAAUAGUAUUAAUGAAACAACCCUUGCUGUCUAUGUUUCUGUAUUAAACAUCUGUAGCAUUGUCGACAGCUAAUAUCUUCUUGUAUCUUACAUGUCUAAUGCUAUGCUAUAUAGUAGUCUACUGGAAAUAUGAAUAAUUAAACAACUGUUGCUUUUUUAUGAUUCUGUAUUAAAUAUAUGUGGCAUUGUUCACAUCAAUCAAUCAGUGCUACUUAUUCAUUUGCUGGAAAUUAAUAUUAUUUGUUACAUUAAUGUUUUCAAAGUACACUAGUAUCUUGCAUUAUAUUAUUGUGAUAGCUCAUAAAUAUGUAUUACUGUACCUAUAUUCAUGCCUGCAUAAUGUUUUUUUUAGUUCUGUCUGUCUGUGUGGUAAUGACUGUGUGUUUGUUACUGAGACUAGUAUUUAUAUAACAUAAACUAUAAUACCUACAGGUUUUGUUUGCUUAGUGCUAUUUCACCUACUUAUAUCAAUAUACAUAAAUAUUAAUAUUAUAUUUAGUCUUGCAUUGUUGAACCUUUUUGUAUCUAGAUAUGUACCUACUAUCUACGUAUGUGAUGCUGUUCUUGAAUUAAUUAACAUGCCCACACUAUUUCCAUGCAGGAGCAUUGGGCUGUUUUACAUCUGUGUAUUGUACCUACAUAAUUAUUUUUAUUAUGUGAUAUUCCUCUGUGUACUUGUGGGUGCCUAUAAUCAUAGACUAAAUAAUCCUCAAUAUUUUCUGAUAUACCUUAGCAAUGAGUUGAAACUAUGUAACUAUUGUUUUGUGGUUGUCUUUGUGUUAUAUACAUACUGGAGGUGUACUAUGUACCAGUUAGGAUGUUGCUUGCUCAAUUUAAAUUCAGACAGGUUGAGUGUUGAAGUGGAACAGGAG